AUGGAGGAACAGUACAGCAACAACACGUUCCAGAACAACAGCUUUGAUUAUGAUUAUGAUUAUGAUUAUGAGCUACCGAUUGAGCUACAGAUUGAGCUACGUAUUGUGUGUUGGAUCGUCAUCGUCAUCUGUCUUCCUUUGAUCAUACUGGCCAUCUACUAUCUGUAUUCUCUGGUACGUCAUAAUCACGUUGCUCCAAUCUACGUCAUCAACCUUCUUGUCUCUGACCUUAUUCAGCUCUGUUGCAUGGCCAUAUUGUUGGGAAAACCCAAGCUUGUUCUGUUCAUCAUCACCUUCUUACUUUACGGUAUUGGUCUAAUGGCGAGUGUCGGCUUCAUGGUCUGUAUUUCCCUGGAAAGGUAUUUGCUCAUCGCCUGGCCUCUGUGGUACCGCUUCAGAAGAACCAUGAAGGUCUCAGUGGUGGUCUGUGUUGUGGUCUGGGUCUUAGCUUUGGCCAUUAUUUGUUCUGCCGUAUUCAGUGACAAUGGACUCAAGCUCAUUGGAGUAUUCCUUCUCCUCCCCUUCCCUGUGCUCAUCUUCUCUGUGGUUGGGAUCUUUAAAGGCCUGUCUGCUGCCAUCUCUGUGUCCUCUGAGGAAAAACGACGAAUUGUUGGAGCUACGAUUCUGGUGUUGCUUAAUUACACACUGCUGUUCCUGCCUUUCAUAAUUUAUGGCAUAACAGAAAAUGAUUUGAAUCCUUUUACAUUUAUCUGCUUCAAUCCUCUUGGAGACUUGGUUCUGUAUAUUUUCAUGAGAAAAGGGGUCAUAGACAAGAUUUUAGCCUCUGUGUGUUGUUGCAGGAUGGAAACACAGCAGCAGCAGAUUAUUGCUGUAAAUGAUAAUAACAUGACGGCAGUCAGCUCUGUGUAG